GGCCCGGCGGCGGGGAGCCCCUUCCCGCGGCGGGCGGAGAGGUGCCGAGGCAGCGCCGUGCGAGCGGCGCCCCGUGUGCCCUCCGUGCACACCCCCCCCUCCCCGGCCCCCCGCCCCGAGCAUCCCCCCGGGCCGGGCCGCCGCCGGGGCAUGGAGGCGGCGCACAGCCUCCCGGUGCUCGACGUCCUCCGCCGCUUCGGUGUAACCGAGAGCUGCGGGCUCAGCCCGGAGCAGGUCCGCCGCAGCCGGGAGAAGUACGGCCCCAAUGAGCUCCCUGCAGAAGAAGGAAAGUCCCUCUGGGAGUUGGUGCUGGAGCAGUUUGAAGAUCUCCUCGUCCGCAUCCUUUUGAUGGCAGCUUUUCUGUCAUUCAUCCUGGCCUGGUUUGAAGAAGGAGAGGAGACCACAACGGCGUUCGUGGAGCCCAUCGUCAUUAUUAUGAUCCUGAUUGCCAACGCCGUGGUGGGUGUGUGGCAGGAGAGAAAUGCCGAGAGUGCCAUUGAAGCCUUGAAGGAGUACGAGCCUGAGAUGGGGAAGGUGAUCCGUGCCGACCGCAGUGGGGUGCAGCGGAUCCGCGCCCGAGACAUCGUCCCCGGGGACAUCGUGGAGGUGGCAGUUGGCGACAAGGUGCCGGCGGACAUCCGGAUCAUCGAAAUACGGUCCACCACCCUGCGGGUCGACCAGUCCAUCCUCACAGGGGAGUCUGUGUCGGUGAUCAAACAUGCUGACCCCAUCCCCGAUCCCCGGGCUGUCAACCAGGACAAGAAGAACAUGCUUUUCUCCGGCACCAACAUCGCAGCUGGGAAGGCUGUAGGGGUCGUCAUUGCAACAGGGGUGUACACUGAGAUCGGGAAGAUCCGAAACCAGAUGGUGGAGACUGAGCCCGAGAAGACACCCUUGCAGCAGAAGCUGGAUGAGUUCAGCCAGCAGCUCUCUAAAGUGAUCUUCCUGGUGUGCAUUGCCGUCUGGGUCAUCAAUGUCAGCCACUUCAGCGACCCUGUCCACGGUGGCUCCUGGUUUCGGGGGGCCAUCUACUAUUUCAAGAUUUCGGUGGCGCUGGCGGUGGCCGCCAUUCCCGAGGGCCUCCCGGCCGUCAUCACCACCUGCCUGGCGCUGGGUACACGCCGCAUGGCCAAGAAGAACGCCAUCGUCCGGAGCCUGCCCUCGGUGGAGACCCUGGGUUGCACCUCUGUCAUCUGCUCCGACAAGACUGGCACCCUCACCACCAACCAGAUGUCCGUGUGCCGGAUGUUCAUUAUGGAGAGUGUGGAGGGUGCCCAGUGCAGCCUGCACGAGUUCAGCAUCACUGGCUCCACCUACGCCCCCGAGGGACAAAUCCUGAAGGACGAGCAGCCGGUGCAGUGCGGGCAGUACGACGGGCUGGUGGAGCUGGCCACCAUCUGCGCCCUCUGCAACGACUCCUCGCUGGACUACAAUGAGUCCAAAAAAGUCUACGAGAAGGUGGGGGAAGCCACUGAAACAGCCCUGACAUGCCUGGUGGAGAAGAUGAACGUCUUCAACACUGACACUAGUAAACUGUCCAAGGUGGAGCGAGCCAACGCCUGCAAUUCGGUGAUCAAGCAGCUGAUGAGGAAGGAGUGCACACUGGAGUUCUCCCGCGAUCGCAAGUCCAUGUCGGUGUACUGCACGCCCACUGGCCCUGGCCACAACGCCUCUGGCAGCAAGAUGUUCGUCAAGGGCGCCCCGGAAAGUGUGAUCGAGCGCUGCACCCAUGUCCGCGUGGGCACUGCCAGGGUCCCACUGACACCCCCGGUGCGGGAGAAGAUCCUUGGCAGGAUCCGGGACUGGGGCAUGGGCAUCGACACGCUGCGCUGCCUGGCCCUGGCCACCCACGACGCGCCCGUCCGCAGGGAGACCAUGCAGCUGCAUGACUCUGCCGCCUUCAUCCACUAUGAGAACAACCUGACCUUUGUGGGCUGCGUGGGGAUGCUGGACCCUCCCCGCAAGGAGGUCACCACCUCCAUCGAGAUGUGCCGCAAGGCAGGCAUCCGUGUCAUCAUGAUCACUGGCGACAACAAGGGCACAGCAGUGGCCAUCUGCCGCAGGAUCGGCAUCUUCUCAGAGAGCGAGGAUGUGGCUGGCAAAGCCUACACGGGCCGGGAGUUCGACGAGCUGCCCCCCGAGGCACAGCGGCAGGCAUGCCGUGAUGCGCGGUGCUUCGCCCGCGUGGAGCCGGCGCAUAAGUCCCGCAUUGUAGAGUACCUCCAGUCCUUCCACGAGAUCACCGCCAUGACGGGUGAUGGCGUCAACGAUGCCCCGGCCCUGAAGAAAGCCGAGAUUGGCAUCGCCAUGGGGUCGGGCACGGCCGUCGCCAAGUCGGCCGCCGAGAUGGUACUCUCUGAUGACAACUUCUCCACCAUUGUGUCAGCCGUCGAGGAGGGCAGAGCCAUCUACAACAACAUGAAGCAGUUCAUCCGCUAUCUCAUCUCCUCCAACGUUGGGGAGGUGGUAUGCAUCUUCCUGACAGCCAUCCUGGGCUUGCCCGAGGCCCUCAUCCCUGUGCAGCUGCUGUGGGUGAACCUGGUGACGGACGGGCUGCCGGCCACCGCACUGGGCUUCAACCCCCCUGACCUGGACAUUAUGGACAAGCUUCCCCGCAACCCCAAGGAGCCCCUCAUCAGCGGCUGGCUCUUCUUCCGCUACCUGGCCAUCGGAGUGUACGUGGGCCUGGCCACGGUGGGUGCAGCGACCUGGUGGUUCUUGUACGACGCCGAGGGACCGCAGGUCUCCUUCCAUCAGCUGAGGAACUUCAUGAGGUGCACCGAGGACAACCCCAUCUUUGAAGGAAUCGACUGUGAGAUCUUUGAGUCCCGAUACCCAACCACGAUGGCUCUGUCUGCGCUGGUGACAAUCGAAAUGUGCAACGCUCUGAACAGUGUCUCUGAGAACCAGUCACUGCUACGGAUGCCGCCAUGGCUCAACAUUUGGCUGCUGGGGGCCAUCGUCAUGUCUAUGGCUCUGCACUUCCUCAUCCUCUACGUCAAGCCCAUGCCUCUCAUCUUCCAGGUAACCCCCCUGAGCUGGCCGCAGUGGGUGGUUGUAAUGAAAAUCUCCCUGCCUGUUAUCCUGCUGGACGAAGGACUCAAGUACCUUUCCCGCAACCACUUGGACGGCAUUCUCAGGACAGUAAGACACACGUGGAAUGGGGAGCACCAGUUGAAAACCUGCAGGACUCCAGAGCAAGGGACAAGAGGACAAGAAAUGAAUGAUACAAAGGAAACACUCCUAACUAAAGGAUCCCUAACUUGUAACUCGGACUGAAGUCUUGCAUGCAUGACCAUCGCUAGAAGCCAGCAGGACAUGCAUGUGUCCGACUAUCAGACAAAUGCGGGUGAAUCGUUGAAAAGAAAAAUACUGAUUUUGUUUUGUUUCGUAGCUUUCUUUUUCCUGUACAUAAGAGUGCAAUUACUGGACAGCUGGUGUAGGGUUUGGGGACAGAGCUGUGUGGACCUGGGUCGUUGUAACGUGGUUCCUUGGUGAUUUGUUCCUGCAAAAUUUGAGACCCUCUUUCCAAUUUUCACCCUGACGGGUUGAGCUCAGGCAAGGCGUCUUUCAUGGGAGAUCAAGGCGGGGAGUCGGGAUUUUAGGCAAUAUGCUGAGUGUGGGCGGGAGGCUGCGUCCCCCAGCGGGGCGGGAUGCGCAAGGGCAGCUCGUGGGGCUGGGAAACGCUUGGUGGUGGGUGGGCAGGGGAGGGAGGUGAGGGCGCUGUGGGUUGGGGGUCGCCGACCCUCGAUGACGUCUGCUGUGUUGGUGGGCCCAUCACUGCAGUGCUGUGCUCUGCUCCGGUGGCCACAGUGCCCGUGGGCACUGCAGCAGCUGAAAACAGCUUCAAGGUGUGACCACUGGUGGUGUGGAGCUCGUGGACAUCUGUUAAUAUGUCAAUGCCGGGUGCACGCGGUGGACGGUGAAGUUCUCCAUAUUUAUCACACUGUCCUGUUUGAUCCCUGUGAUGUGGAAAGCUCUGCACCUUCUCAGGCUCAUCCGACACCAAAGUGCGACAUGGUCUUGUCUCUUCUCCUCCGUCCGACAUCUUGUUAGAUCCCAUCCGCACUCUAAGCCAUAGCCAUCUUCCUCGCAGGGGCAACCACGUAAAGCAAAGCAUGGGGAUGACUGACUUUGCAUUCCUCAUGUCUGCUGCUCACUCCUGGUCACGCUUUCUGUACUCAGUUGGUUUUUAACUAUUUCCCUAGCAGGAGUAGACCUUAAGUCCUUGGAAGCAUGUCCACGAGUUCAUGUCCUCUGCCUUGGAGGACACUGCUGUCUUGCACAGGGCAUCCUUGACACCAGUGAUCUGCCUUCGAGACAGGAAUGAAUGUAUGCUGUACAUAACGUAGUCCUUCUCUGUGAGCAGUGUUUGUUGUGGCAUCCCUUUUUAUAAGGCACCAACUUUAUUUUAUUCUCUUGGGUUUUUUCUGCAGCAGGAGUGACACAGGCUGCAGCGAGAGUUUGUGGAUCAGGAGUGGAUUUUGGGAUCCAGUAAACUGAUCUUUCUCCAUUGAGCUGCAUCAGCUGAGGAGCUGAUACUGGGUGAUUUCUUCUCCAGCUCUCCAAAUCCUCCCUCCUGUUUUCCUUAACGUUUGCCUAUGAUCCGUCCUGAUGAUAUUUAGUUAGCCAGACCCUAUAUCUUUCCUCUCUCUUAAAUUCCAGCAACAGCACUAGAGCCAGGGAUUUGGAUAGCAUUUUGCUCCUUCACUGGUGUUUUAUUGUUUUUUUUUUUCUUUUACUUUUUGCCUCUUAAAAGUUUCCGGUGCUUUUCUGUUUCUCUUUCACCUGGGCAAGAGCUAUUCUUCCUCACUACAGUAGGUGCCAAAUACCAUCCUUCCUUUCUUUUCUCCAUCACCAGCAUUGAAGAUGAGCAGAGCCCCCAGACCAAUGGGAAUGUACAGAAUUGUUAUACUACUGAGCUGAUUUAAUUGUACAGAAAACCUUGCAUGAAAUGUUGUUACUGUAUUUAAUAUAUAAUGUAUUCAAGGAAUUUUAAUAUGGAGCUCUUUAAACAGAUCUUUAUAGAUACUCUGUGGUUAGAAGGUUGUUGCUGAUUUUUUUUUUAAUAUUAUACUUUGUCUUGAAGUUUUAUUUUUCAAAUGUGUUAUAUAUAAUUGAUUUAAUUGGUGAUCCCGUGGGGCAACCAAUUCCUCUUUAAAGAUUUUCACUGUGGAUGGGACUCGCCCUGGCACAGAGGACCAGGGCAUGACCCAGGUACUGCUUAAGCAUUCAAAAUAAGGCUUCAGGAAGACUAACGCUGUAGACACGUGAUUUGCCCUUCCCUGAAAGGGUAGACUUCACCUUCUUUUAGUACAGAUCAUCUCCAGGUCUCUGUGCCGGGAAAGAGCCAGUGGGAAUUUAAUCCAGUGACUCAGUGACUUCUGUGUUUCCCUGAGGCUGAAAACCAGUUUGGGAGAGGCUGGUCCUGAUUCAGAGCAUCCCAGCCCCAUUCGCAGGGUCUAGCAGGGCUUUCAGCUGCCCGAUGGCAUCUCGGUGGGACAUGGUGGCCUCGGUCCAUCGUGCCUGUGGGGACCUGCGUGGCCCAUCCACUCUGUAUUGCACCACCCGAGUUAAACUGAUUUCCCUGGGCUUAAGGUCUGGCGUAGGAUUCUUAAUUUUACCCAAAUAUAUAUGGGUGUGGAAGAAUUUCUUGUGAAAAGGUCCAACUAAUGAGUACUGAAUAAUGGAUGGGAGUCUCUAAUGUAAGGACACUUAAAAGGAGAAAAAGUAAACGCUCUGUUUCAGAGCAGAGAUGAAAUAAUGAAAUUUUAACUCGCUCUUAAAUUCCUGCUGGUACAUUUUCCUUAGUCUCACCUGACAGCAGAGAGCUGGGGGUGGUUGUACCAGGCACCCUCUGAACCCACUAAGCGAAAGGCUGUGUGAAGAGAUGCCGAGUUUGUAUUUGUUGAUAGAGAUGCUGAGUUUCUGUUCUUUUAUUGCUGAGGAGAUAGCACACUGCUGCAAGCCUGGGCAGUGUUGGUCUCUCCGUGCAGUCGUUGGGUUGCAAUUGUGAGUUACCAAAACCCAAGCGAUCGCAGGCAAGAAACCGCAGCUGUGUCCCAGCCAAAGGCUCGUUCUUCCCAGCAGCAGCAAAUGGCAUUUGCCUUUACAUUGUAAGCCUCUAGAUCUACCUGAAAAAUAAUGCAGGAAACCUGCAGUAAGGCUACCUGGGCAGGCACCCCCAUUGCUAGGAGGGACCAUUUUGACACACCCCUAUUUCCCCUUCUGAAUGGUUGACCAUGUCUCUCUCUUUCCCCCCAUCCUUUCAUUACUUGGAAUACAGGUUUCAUUCCGUGCUUUUUGAUUACAGGGUCUUAUAGCUCAAAUAUUUUAAUGAAGUAGAAAAAUAUCCAUAGAUCUAAUUGUUUUUCCUUUAUGCUUUGGUGAAGGGUCAGGACAAGUCAUGGAGUAGUUAUUUAUUGCAUGUGUGCCACCAGCAGCGUGCUGGGUGCUUUUACAGGCUGGAGCAUGUUCUUGUGCAAACUUGGAGAUCCCAGAGCUCAGACCGUUGCUUUGGGAUCAGGCCUUGUGUCUUACCGAGGCAUCCAACUCUGUGCAAUACAAGGGAGAUGGACACCGGGUGGCUGUUUUGCCCAAGAGCUUGUUAAAAAAGGCAGCUUAGGGGCAAAGCCUCUGGGAUCCUUGCUUUUUUGACAAGAGAGUUUAGGAAUUAUUUCCUUUUUAGUUUUAUUUUGAUGGUGCUGCCUGGCAUAUUCAAAGUUUUAAAAUAAAACUUAGGUCUUUCCAGCAAGACCUUCAGCAUCGCUGGGCUGCUGUGACAGAUCCUCCCCCGUGCAGGGGAGCAGCGAUGUGAGAUGCACAGCGGAGCACGCACCAGCAUGGCAGCACGGGGCUGUCCGCAAGCACUUUAUACUCCUUUCUCAGGGGCCGGGCACUGUGCUGGGUUACAGCCAAGGUGGGAGGCGACGGUCCCGUGUCCCUGAAGUGAGCACCCGGGGGCCAGCUUUGGGCAGCCGCUGGGACAAGUCUUUUGCGCUGUUUUGGGCUGUCACGUCAUGGAGGCCAGUUACUGGAUGAGCUCUUUCCCCUGUGGUGCGUGAUCCUGUCGGGAGGCAUGUUGAAAAAGGAAGAAGAGAGAUACUCUUCAAAGCAAAGUACUGCAACCUAUGUUUUAUUUCUGUCAUGUGGCCACUGUAUGGCUCAGGGUCUGGAUGAGGUUUUUGAUUUGUGUGCUUGAGCCUUUGGCACUGUGAAGACGUACGUGUGUUUCUGACGCUGUGCUCAGCCAGGGCUGGAUGGUACCACCAGGCACUGGAGAAGUCAGGGGUAGGAGGGACAGGCUUUACUACAGGGGCUGGGGGACUGCGUUCCUGUGACAGCAACAAAUCUGGGACUGAAGUGGAGUCAUGGUGUGCAUGGCAGAAGUAGCCAGAGGAGCACUAGGGCAAUUCGGCAGCAAUUUUUGGUCCCUCUUUAGUAUGUCAGAUCCAUGGUGCUGCUUCCCAGGCAUGGUCCUGCUCCACAACACUCAUCAAAUAACUCUUGUGCAGGGCUAAUGCUCUCCCAGUUGGUGGGAGAUGUUCAUGAGGUUCAGUGACCGUGGGAUCACGUUACUCCUGAAACUCAAACACGCAGGAGUUCCCCUGUACCAACUCCCAAGGCUUACUGAGCUUUUUGGUCCAUACCUGGCAUGGCUAUCACCUUGUAUAAAAGAUGCCAGAGAUUCAGUUGUCCCUGUUCAGUCCCACCUGGGCUUCCCCCCCCCAUCUCUGCAGUGGCACUUUCUGGCAGGGCUUGUCCCCAGUAGGGAGGAUUUUGGGACAAAGGUUUUGGGUCAGGUUUUUGGGACGAAGGAGAAGGGCUUCAGCCCAUGCAGAGCUUGCAUAGCACAGUUUGGGUUAGGGUUUACAGGGCUGCAGCGAGGAAGAGGACACAGAGGGUGAGUUGUGCUCCCUGGGCCUGUCGUCUUGGUGCCAUUCAGCUUUUGGUAUGAGUGGGGCAUUGAAUGAGCCUAAAUCUGUGUGCACCUGGAGUGAUGGGAACACAGGUACUGCCGCUGGUGUCCAAACCGGGGAUGCUGCUGGGUCAGUCUGGGUGCUUGGGACCAAGAGGAGGGCGACCGCUGAGCUGCUGCGGGUGCCCUUAGUGGCUUCAGUCUGGGAAUAUGCUGAUUUAUUUUUUUUAAUAUGAGAUGCCUGAACAGCCAAAUUGAGAAAUCUGAGUUUGUGCUUCAUAGCAAAAAGUAAAAUAUUAUAUCCUGGGGGGGCGGGAGGGUGUUAUCUGAGGGGUAGAACUGAAAGAAACAAGGUUUCCUAUUUUAUUAUAUGAGAGAUAUUUUUCCACUAAAUUACUGCUUCCUAAAUCGUGUCCUUUGUCCAACUGUAAAUAGCCAGGUGUGCUGUGAAGAUGUGGGAAGGCUCCUUGUGGUCAAAUCCAUACAAUCCACUCUGUUCACACAAUAUUGGGCUGAUUUGUUUUAUACUUAUGAAAUUACAGAAAUAAAAGCAAUUUUACUGGA